GAUAUAAGAAGAGCUGCGCAAUGACAACAGUAGACCACAUAAACCUCCAGGACACAUCGCUUUCAAGAAGGGACGCACAAUAACUCAAACAGGAACUAAUUCCUGCUAACUUUUAGAUUAAUUUGAAUUCGACGUCACCGAGCCAGGAUGCCUUUCCUCGGACAGGACUGGAGGUCACCGGGUCAGAGCUGGGUUAAAACCGAAGAGGGAUGGAAAAAGACAUCAGCAGACGACAAAAACAACAAUGUCUCCGUGGAGAGCUUCUGCAAAGCCGAGGAGGAGGAGUGUUUCAACAAGGAGAACCUGCUGCUCUCUUUCAGCUACGACAUGGCUGCCAAGAAGAGGAAAAAAGACCUAAUGAACAAUAACACCAAGGUCCCCUAUUUCCACAGGGAAAAGUGGAUUUAUGUUCAUAAAGGAAGCACCAAAGAGCGCCACGGAUAUUGUACACUGGGAGAGGCCUUCAACCGCUUAGAUUUCUGCAGCGCCAUCAAGGACACGAGGAGAUUUAAUUACGUCGUCAGACUCCUGGAGCUUAUCGCCAAGUCCCAGCUCCCCUCGCUCAGUGGAGUGGCGCAGAAAAACUAUAUGAAUAUUCUGGAGAGAGUGGUACAGAAAGUUCUUGAUGACCAGCAGAAUGUUCGUCCCAUUAAAGAGCUGCUGCAGACGCUCUACGUCUCGCUGUGUGGUCUGGUUCAGGACAUGGGCAAGUCUGUCCUGGUGGGGAACAUCAACACCUGGCUGCACCGUAUGGAGAACAUCCUGCAGUGGCAGCAGCAGCUGGACAACAUCCAGAUCAACAGGCCCACAUCUACAGGCAUGACUCUGACCGACCUGCCUGCCAGUCUGCAGCUAAACAUCAUGGAGCGUCUCACGGACGGCAGAGACCUGGUCAGCCUGGGUCAGGUGUGCCCUGAGCUGGGGGCCCUCACUGAGGACCGGCUGCUGUGGAAGAGACUCUGCCAGUACCACUUCACAGACAGACAGAUCCGAAAGCGCCUGAUGGUGUCAGACAAAGGUCACCUGGAGUGGAAGAAGAUGUACUUUAAGCUGAGCCGCUGCUAUCCUCACAGAGAGCAAUACAGUGACACCCUGCACUUCUGCACACACUGCCACAUCCUUUUCUGGAAGGACACAAACCAUCCCUGCACAGCCAACAACCCAGAAAGUUGCACCAUGUCCCUCUCCCCUCAAGACUUUAUCAACCUUUUCAACUUCUGAUCCCGCCCCCGCUCCCCAAAUCAGAUGAACUGACUGUACAUACUGUACAUAGAAAUGUACAAUAUUGUUUUUUGUUCAAUAGCACAAUCAAUUCCUGGAUUUGUAUUUCGUUGAGGUAUUACUGGAGGGGGCUCAGGCAGUGGGACAAUUAUGCAAUCGAGUUAGUUUUGAGAACAGAGACCUCUGGGAGAGCUCAGUUGAAAGCUAGUGAAUGUGACAGAGGCAAAGAGAUGUGGUAGUCGACCUGUGGAUGGAGGAAGGAAGCUAAGGAUAAAGGGAACAUUCAGUUGUCAGAAUUUAGUCUUAGUUUGUGUGUGUGUAUUUUUUUUUUUUAAUCACACCUCCAAAGUCAACGCACCUCUUGACCUCAGAUGUGUGCACUUGUUUUUCAUAAAUUGGAUAAUUUGGUUUUAUUUUUUAGUUUUUGAACCUUGUAAUUUCUUUCUCAAACACAGAAAGUAGGAUGAUUAUUUAUACCAGUUUGAAAUUGGGAUUUGUGUAAGGUAUUACAAGCCCUGCUCACACAGGGAGAUGCAGUGUGUUUGAUGUUCAGGUGAAGUUUGCAAUGAUAUUCUGUUGGGCACUGGGAGGGAGAGCACUAAAGUUUGAGUUGCUGCGGUACCUAAGAGAUAAUGAAUGUAAGAAGGGAGCUGGUCAUGGAUUGUUAGACUGACUGAUGAUUCUAUAUGUUGACACACCACAGUAUGUUUUCUAUUUUUCUUUGUUUUUCACUUUUAUAAAGAUUUGAUAUGAUGUUUUUUAAUUUUAUUAAUUGUGUGUUAAUUUGCUGCUGUGGCUGCUAUAGCAACAGCACCUGAGUGCAGUAUUACCAAAGAUUGUAAUUAGAGUCAGUGUAACAAUGGCGUGUGCCUUAUCACGAAACUUGAAACCGGUACAGCUUAAUCCUUGUUUGCAAUGUUUUCAGAUCCCGAUGCUGUUUUUAUCAUCGACAAAUGACUCUUUUACAGAAGAGUGGUAUAUAUGAUGUGAGACUCUGAUACCAAAGUUGACUGUCUGAAACAUCUUAUUUCUUUUGUAGCCUCAUGCAUGAUUUUUUUUUUCUUUCAAAACCCACCCAGCAGAUUGUGUUUACGUAUUUAUUUAUUGAGAUUCUGGCACAGAAUGCAAAUAUUGGUAUUAAAGGUGCAAUUUGACCCAGACUUUUCUCUAUCACUGCGCAGACAGUGAGGAAUGAUGUACAUGCUAUGCAAUGCGUUCUGUUUAUUUUCUGUUGAAUAAAUAAAAGAAAAUAACCCUG